GUAUCGUUAUCGGCGCGGUCACACUGACCUCAAUUUGCAGCACGACAAAACGAAAAAAAAUAACAAAACUUAGAAAAUUUAGUGUUCAAAUGAAAAGUAAACCAUAAAAAUCCAUUGUGAAAAAUUGUGGGGUGGUGGGAGUAAAACGGAUACUCAAUAGUAAAAGAGAGAGAGAGAGAGAGAGCGAGCGAGCGCCUCGUAAGCCAGUGUGUAGCGUGAGCGAGUGUGUGUGUGUGCAGUGAGUGAGUGAGUGAGUGGAGCAGCGUGACAUGUAUUUGAUGUGUACUCAGCAGCGGCCGAAGAGAGCGCAUUAAAGCAAGAACAAAACCACACACACACACGCAGGCACAGAAGCAAAGAUUGUUGUGGGGGGAGUUAGAGAGAGAGAGAGAGUCGACGUCGUUUCGGUUACGAGAAAUACACACACUCUUUCGCCAGUGUAGGCAAAUGCGUAUAGAAUAGACACAUACACAUACAGAGACACAGACAUACCAACAGACACGAGCGAGCGAAAAAGGAAAAAAGAAAGAAACCCAAUCACUUCACUCGAAAUAAAGCAGGCUAAGCAGAAAGCAACAUGAAUCCAGCGGUUGAUGCGUGGGCGGUCACCCCGCGAGAGAAGUUAAAGUAUCAGGAGCAGUUUAAGGCGCUGCAACCACAGGGCGGCUUUGUGACCGGUGCCCAAGCGAAAGGAUUCUUCCUGCAGUCGCAGCUGCCGCCAUUGAUCUUGGGUCAAAUCUGGGCUUUGGCUGAUACGGAUUCCGAUGGCAAAAUGAACAUUAAUGAGUUCAGCAUCGCCUGCAAACUCAUUAAUUUAAAACUGCGCGGCAUGGACGUGCCCAAGUUGCUGCCGCCCUCGCUGCUGGCUUCGCUGGCGGAUGCUGCACCUGCUGUUGUUGGCCAAACGCCCACAAUGACUCCACGAGGCUCGACCAGUUCCAUGAGUCCCAUUGAUCCGCUCAAGAGCAUGUCUGCUGUGCCUGCUGCAACUGCUGUUGUGGCGCCUCCAGUUGUCGCGGCUCCGCCAGUUGUUGCGCCUGUAGAUGCGGCUGCGGUGCCCGCUGCGAUCAUCUCGCCACCGCCCAGCAACCCACCCAGUCGCCACAUGUCCAUUUCUGAGCGUGCGCCCUCCAUUGAGUCACCGCAAGCGGAGUGGGCUGUGCAGGCGGCACAGAAACGCAAAUACACGCAGGUAUUCAAUGCCAAUGAUCGCACACGUUCCGGCUACUUGACAGGCGCCCAGGCACGCAGCGUGUUGGUGCAGAGCAAGCUGCCGCAAGUGACGCUUGCGCAGAUUUGGACGCUGGCCGAUGUCGAUGGCGAUGGGCGGCUCAGCUGUGACGAGUUCAUUUUGGCCAUGUUUUUGUGCGAGAAAGCCAUGACUGGUGAGAAGAUACCGGUUACGCUGCCCUUGGAUUGGGUGCCGCCCAGUCUGCGUAAAAUUAAGUCGCGUCCUGGUUCCGUGUCCGGUGUGAGCUCUCGGCCCGGUUCACAGCCAGCCUCGCGUCAUACUUCGGUGUCUUCGCAGGGCGGCGCCAUGGCGGAUGCUGAUCCAGCAGCAGGAUUGCCGCAAACAUCCUUUGAGGACAAGCGCAAGGAGAAUUAUGAAAAGGGCAAGGUGGAGCUGGAUCGCAGGCGUAAAUUGAUGGAGGAUCAGCAGCGCAAGGAGCGUGAAGAACGUGAGCGCAAGGAGCGCGAAGAAGCCGACAAACGUGAGAAGGCGCGUCUUGAAGCAGAGCGCAAGCAGCAAGAGGAAUUGGAGCGUCAGUUGCAGCGACAGCGUGAAAUCGAACAGGAGAAGGAAGAGCAACGUAAGCGCGAGUUGGAGGCCAAAGAGGCAGCUAGAAAGGAGCUGGAGAAGCAGCGCCAGCAGGAAUGGGAGCAGGCACGCAUUGCCGAAAUGAACGCACAGAAGCAGCGGGAACAGGAGCGUGUUCUCAAGCAGAAGGCACACAAUACGCAGCUCAAUGUGGAGCUUAGCACGCUCAACGAAAAGAUUAAGGAUCUGUCGCAGAAGAUUUGCGAUACACGCGCUGGCGUCACCAAUGUCAAGUCCGUGAUUGAUGGCAUGCGCACACAGCGCGACACUUCUAUGAGCGAAAUGGGACAGCUAAAAGCGCGCAUCAAGGAGCAGAACGCCAAGUUGUUGCAGCUGACUCAGGAGCGCGCUAAAUGGGAUGCCAAGAGCAAAGCCAGCGGUGGCGCCGUGGCCGGAGAUGCUGCACAGCAGGAGCAGCUCAAUGCAGCGUUUGCACACAAACAACUGCUUAUUAAGCAAAUCAAGGAUAAGGUGGAGAACAUCAAGCAGGAAAUUGAGUCCAAGAAGGAGGAUCUCAACUCGAACGAUGUCACUAUGCAGGAGUUAAAGGCCGAACUCUCGGCGCUAAUCACCAAAUGCGAACAGCUUUACAAGGAGUACGAUGUGGAGCGGACUUCAGUGCUGGAAUUGAAAUAUAAUCGCAAGAAUGAAACGUCUACAAUUAGCUCAACAUCCGCCUGGGAUACGGGCAGCGCUUGGGGCACAUCCAGCGAACCAGCUGCUGUUGAUGCCUAUGGCAGCUAUGGACUUAGUAAUGACACAGCUGCUGCAACUGCUGCGGCUGCUGUGACGGCACCUGCUGUUGAUCUCAGUGGACCGGCACCUGAAGGCUUUGUCAAAUACCGUGCCGUCUACGAGUUCAAUGCACGCAACACAGAGGAGAUUACAUUUGUGCCGGGCGAUAUAAUUCUGGUGCCAUUGGAGCAAAACGCUGAACCUGGUUGGUUGGCGGGCGAGAUUAACGGCCACACAGGUUGGUUCCCCGAGUCUUACGUCGAGAAGAUUGAGGAUGAUCCAACAACUUCGACACCGGCUGCUGUUGAGCCAGCUGCCGUUGCCACGACAGCUGCAGAUAACUACAAUGACACUAACGCCUUGUCGGCGACAGCGUUGGAUUUGGAGGCAACUGCAGCGGCAGCGUUAACAACGGCGGCAGCGACAGGCGAUGUCGAAUAUUAUAUAGCCGCAUAUCCUUAUGAAUCAGCUGAAGACGGUGACUUAAGCUUUAGUGCUGGAGAAAUGGUGAUGGUCAUCAAAAAAGAGGGCGAGUGGUGGACGGGCACCAUUGGCAAUCGCACCGGCAUGUUUCCCUCGAACUAUGUGCAAAAGGCCGAUGUGGGCACGGCCACAACAACAGCAACUGCUGCUCUUGCAAACGAUGAGGAGGUCACCGAACAGGAGGCUACACACAAUGGCAGCUCGGCGUUUGCCGCUGAACCUGAGGCACAACCGCAGACGCCACAAACGCAUCAGGCACAGACGCCAACGCAACAGCCACAGGCCGCGGAGGCGUUGGAGGAGUCGCACACUAACGAAGAUCUUGACACUGAGGUCUCGCAGAUAAACACGCAGUCCAAGUCACAGAACGAACCGGCCGAGAGCUACAGCCGACCCAUGUCACGCACUUCUUCCAUGACACCCGGCAUGCGCGCCAAACGUUCGGAGAUUGCACAAGUUAUUGCUCCAUAUGAGGCCACCAGCAGCGAGCAAUUGUCGCUGACACGCGGCCAAUUGAUUAUGAUACGCAAAAAGACCGAUUCCGGCUGGUGGGAAGGUGAACUUCAGGCCAAGGGCAGACGUCGUCAGAUUGGUUGGUUCCCGGCCACCUAUGUGAAGGUGUUGCAGGGUGGACGCAACAGCGGACGCAAUACUCCCGUCUCCGGCAGUCGCAUUGAAAUGACCGAGCAGAUUUUGGAUAAAGUGAUUGCUCUAUAUCCGUACAAAGCACAAAAUGAUGAUGAGCUCUCGUUCGAUAAGGACGAUAUUAUUAGCGUCCUGGGCCGCGAUGAGCCGGAAUGGUGGCGCGGCGAACUGAAUGGCCUCUCAGGGCUGUUUCCCAGCAACUAUGUGGGUCCGUUUGUCACGUCCGGAAACGUAUAACGAGCCAGUGGUUUUGGUCUCUAAACGAUAACAACAUCAACAAUAAUAACUACAACAAAAACCACAACCACAACAAAAGAAAAGCAACAAAUAGACUUGAUAAGAGUCGAAUAAAUUAUUAAGUUCAACCGCAUUACAUGAAAUUAUCUAAUUGUAGUCGAAAUUUAGCGACAGAUUCGUCUUAUUUUUGAAUUGAGCUAGCUUGAGCAGAGCGAGAAGAUUAAUUCUGAACUGACACCAAGCGCUUGAUAAUUAUUAUAAUGCCCAUUCAGCAUUUAUUUGACAACAUUCCCAUUCAUUCAUUUGACUUGAUUUGAUAUUGCCGUAAAUAAUGAGAGCUCAGAUAUUUAACUUGUUCACUCAUAUAGAAUCAAAUGUGCGACUUUAAAAUCUCAUAAAUGUAAUCAAUCAAAUUACCAUUUAAAAUACAAAAUGCAAAUCGAAAUCGAAAAUCAAGUUACAUAUUUCAAAAAAUAAAGGAAAGUAUAUACAAUUAGAUAAUAUGCAUAAUACAUAUACUAAUUAUAUCAAAGGAUAAUUACAUUUCUGUUCUACUAUUAGAUGUGUGUUUCAAGCCAAUACCAAAAACCUAAUUACAUACAUACUCAUAAAACUUACAUACAUAAUAUAUAUAUAUUUAAAGUGUUUUUCCCCCCAAAAUACCUAAACGAAUAAUACAUAUACUAAAGAAAAAAAUAUAUAUAUAAUGAUGGUUUUCCGUGUUUUCCACAACAAUAUGCGUACGUAUUUGUAUAUAUACUAUAAAUAUAUAUAUUAUAUAUCUAUCGCGAUAUUAAUUGUUAACUAAAUACUAAGCAUGAUGACCAUUCACUAAUCUUUAACCUGUAUCGCAUAUUGAAUAUCGGACAGAAGUUCGACAUUACACAUAGAACAACAGUAUUGGUAAUAAUAAAGGGAAAUAGCACAGAUCUGUUCCGGAUUCCGCUUUCGCAUCAAUUUCAUCUACUCAAGCGAAGGACUAGCUCUUAGUCCUCUUGACUUUGGUACUUAGGUUCUCGACGGUCCUAAAGGUGUGCAGAGUUUCUGCUCUAAUUGAUUUGAUCACUGAAUCCGAUCCAGGUCUGUAAUAUAUGUUAGCACUUUAUAUUGUUUAACUACUGUUACUUUUUUUAGUUAAUAUUUAUGUAAUUUUUUUUUAAUUGUGGUCUACUUUAAGCGCUUAUAUCAACUGCCAUAAUUGUAUUAGUUUGUAUUAUUAUUAUAAUCUGAAUGUUGGAAAUUGGUUGCAAAAGAUGUACUAUAUAAAACAGGGAGAUAUUGUAUAAAAUCUGCGUAGAUCGAUUAUCACUAAUGCUAUUCCAAAAUGCAAUCUAGCUACAAACACAAAGACAUAUUAUCAUAAUUACAUAUGUACUCAUGUUAUGUUCUGUUAUGCUGUGCGUCAGUUCAAUGCUAGUUACAGUUAUAGUCUAUCUUAAAUUGUACUCCUAAUGAUACAUACAUAUAUCUCUUACUAUAUAUACUAUAUAUAUACAUUUAUAUAUAUAAAACCCACUCUCAAUUGCCUUUCGAAAUGAUAACCAGUACAUAACACGAUGGGACUUACUUGUAACUUGUUAUUGCAUACAACAACUAUACAUAUACAUAUAUAUAUCUGCAUCUAUAGCGCGAAUCGGAACUGUUCUUCCUUCCAUUUUCACACUAAAAGUAUGCAACAUUCGUUGCGAAAGUGAAAGUGAGAACAGUUUCGUGUAUCCUUGGAAAAGUAUAGCGAAAAUCGAAUUAUCUGACUCGCUCGGUAUGCACUUGAAACCAUAUAUAUAUUUACGUAGCUAAUGUUGGGUUGAUUAUGAAUUUAAAUAAAUACAACAACAAAUUAAUAACAUAAAAAAAGCUCUAUAUACAAUGAUAUAUUAAGUAAAUACUGCAAAAUUUCUUUAGCAAAAUGUUAAAUAGAGUAAAAAAAAAACGUAAUUUCUGUUUAUCAUAUGUAUGGAUGAGAUGCACACUUCUUAUAGAGCCUACUACUACACCCAUAUACAUACACACCACACAAACACAAAUAAACAUAACGACGACUGUUUCGAAUUUCAUUUGCGUAACAAUUUUUACAAAAACUGCAUCGAAUUGGAAAUAAUUUUUUUCUACUCAAAAUUUAAUGCUGAAAAGAUCACUAAAAUAUGCAGUGAAAUUGUAGCGUUAGUGAAAUUGGGAACAUCCAUCAUAAUGCUCAUAAUAAGCGUAUUUGUUUUUUAAUCGUUAAAGAGUUCAUGAAUUUAUCUAAGCAGUAAAGCGUAUAUUAUUAAUCUACAAAUUUGAAUAAAGCAUAAAUAAAAUAGCUAAAAUUUACGUAAGCAUUAGCUAGCACCAACACUCACACUUCCACACAUACACACACAUCCACACACACGCAUACAAUAUACAGAUACACUUUAAAUACGAAAUGGUGACCAUCGAUAUACAUAACUACCUACAUCAAUACAUACCAGAUAUACAUACAACGUACAUAUACAUAUAUAUACAGUAUUUAGAAUGUGAAAUGUGUGUAUGUUUCAUAUUAACACAUACGCAUAUAAAUGCAUACUUAUAUAUAUACAUAUAUAUAGACAGAGUUCUUCAAGAAAUACUAAACAAAAAAAUCCCAAAAAAAAAACAAAACGAUUAAAACAAUUAUAAUAUAUCAGUUUCAAAAAGAAUAAGAAAUUACAAAAAAAAAAAACAACACAAAAACAAAUAUUUGGUGAAAUAAA